UCUCUGGCAGGUGGUGUGUGCUUUAAAACCAUACAGUAGGCUAAUGUUUAGGACGGUAGAUAGGUAGUAAUAGGGAAAUAAACACACGUUAGGUUGUUAUUUUGUCGUCUUUUGGUUGAUAGUUUUGCGUUACCCGCCAUUACGUUUCCUUUAAACCCACCGGAGUCGCAGUGAAUGAGAUGAACGUCGGGGUUCCCCUCUUUGAGCCAGACACUUUGUGCUUUACGGUCAGCGGUGAAUUAGACAACUGCUCCUUCAUCAUGCAGCUUCUGAAAAAAGACGGAAAAGCCCUACAUGUUGAUUAUAUUUCGCCACCGCCGGUGUAAGUCCUGAAUGAGAGAAAAUCCUCCCGGCCACGGCUGCCGAGGUCUCACAUCCUGGAGCUGCCUCACCUCAUCCGCCGGUGUUGCAUACAAUAUGAUAUGUUGAUGACAUUUUUUGGAAGUGGUCGUGCCUUUUGUUUUCAUUUCGGGAUAUGCGAUAUGCGGAUCUGUGAGCGCCACGAAACGCAAAUGAGCGGACGUUUUUUUCUGCUUUGAAAAUGAGGAAGCGUUUUCAUAAAGACCCAGAAAAUGGCAAGAAGGUCUCGUCGUCCGUGGGCCCGGAUUUGAGUAAAAUGAGAAGGAAAGGAGCAAAUGCAACAGCAGCAUGAUUUUUUUCCUACAGAAUGACACCAAAGGAGGUAAAACGGUGGCGGUAGAGAAGACGCAGCAUCAAUGAAGGCGAUCUGGACAAGUUUUGAGUCGCUCAUAAUGAACAGAAAUACUUUGCAGCUCGACAGCAGAUCGUUUCCACAAUAUUGAAAUAUUUUUUCGGCUUUGUGAGAUUUUCUAAUUCACCACUCAUCUAUUUUCGCAUUGCAUUUGUUAUCUUUUUCAUUAUAUAUUUUGAUUUUUUUAUACUUUUGAUCCGGAUCCAGCCCUGACUAUUCAAUGGAAGUAUGUUAUCAGCUGCCGGUUUUGCCUCUAGACAGGCCGGUUCCCAAGCAUGUCCUCAGCCGGAGGGGAGCCAUUAGUUUCAGCUCCAGCUCUUCUCUCUUCGGGGCUCCUGAUCCGAGACAACUGUCACAGAGACGAGGGGCCAUUUCCUAUGACAGCUCUGACCAGACAGCACUGUACAUUCGUAUGCUAGGAGCUUGUGUAGUAUUCAAACAGCUGUUUGCAAGAGAUGUGAGAGUGAGAAGUCAGGUUGGAUUUGAACCGGAACGAAGAAGCUCCCACCCAUACCUGUGCAUCGACUUCCGAACUCUUCACACACGGCUGGGCUAUGGGUCCACGUCAACAAGCUCUGCUCCUGAGAGGAGGGUCCACAGACUGCUCAGCUUCCAGAGGUACCUGCACUCAUCCCGUCUGCUGCGGGGAGUCCCCCAGCAGAUCCCCCUCCACAUCCUGGAUGAAGACUACACUGGACAGGCCAGAUGCAUGCUGGAAAAAGUCGGGAACUGGAAUUUUGACAUUUUCCUCUUCGAUAGGUUGACGAACGGAAAUAGCCUGAUCACCCUGACCUUCCACCUGCUGAACCAGUACGGCCUGGUGGAGCUCUUCCAGCUCGACAUGGUCAAACUCUGGAGGUUCCUCGUCAUGGUCCAGGAGGACUACCACAGCGACAACCCCUACCACAACGCUGUCCACGCUGCAGAUGUCACACAGGCCAUGUACUGCUACCUGCGAGAACCAAUGCUUGCCAAGUCUCUGACCUCCUGUGACAUCCUACUGGGACUUAUAGCAGCCGCCACACAUGACCUGGACCAUCCUGGGGUCAACCAGCCUUUCCUCAUUAAGACUGACCACUAUCUAGCUACACUCUACAGGAAUACCUCAGUUCUGGAAAACCACCACUGGAAGUCAGCAGUGGGCCUGCUCAGAGAGACUGGGCUGUUCUCCCAUCUGCCUGCUGAGGACAGCCUCAACAUGGAGAGGGAGUUGGGCUCCUUAAUCCUGGCCACGGACAUCAGCAGACAGAACGAGUACCUGUCUAGGUUUCGCAGGCACCUGGACCAGGAUAACCUGUGCUUGAGCAACGCCAGCCACCGUCACUUCAUCCUGCAGAUGGCUCUGAAGUGUGCAGAUAUCUGUAACCCCUGCAGACCCUGGGAGCUGAGCAAACAGUGGAGUGAGAAAGUGACAGAGGAGUUCUUCCAGCAAGGAGACAUUGAGAAGAAGCACAAACUUGAAGUCAGCCCACUUUGUGACAGAGGGAUCAACACAGUUGGCAACAUUCAGAUCGGCUUCAUGACAUACGUGGCAGAGCCGCUCUUCGCAGAGUGGGCCCGUUUCUCUGACACACGUCUGUCCCAGACCAUGCUAGGCCACAUGGGGCUGAACAAGGCCAGCUGGGGUGGCCUACAGCAGGAACAAACCUCUGAGGAGGCGGAACCCAGCGCAGCCGGCACGGACACAGAAGACGCUGACGCCGCCACUCGAAGAGACAGCAACAUAGCUACAGCCACAGGAGGAACCAGCUCCAAAGAAAUACCUCAGGGAAGCAGAGAAUCCUGACACUCCUCUUGUGCCCUUUCACCUCAACCUCCGAAACCCCGGCCUCAGGGCCGUAUUACACACACACUGGGGGCCGGGUGGGACACGCAACGGCCUGCAGCCCUGCUGCUGCCCCACCUGAUCCUAACACCUUGUUUAUGUUUUGUUGCUUUUGCCUCUCAUCUUGAUAAACCACUGAUUUUAUUUAAUUUAUUUAAUUUUUAAUUCCUCUUUUUGGCAUAGAGCAAUACAUAGAUACCUCAUUUG